AUGGAUUUGUGCUCCCGUCUGGAAGAAACGAAGAAACAAGAGAUUGCAGCCGUUUUCAACAGCCAUUUUGGCAUCAAAACCUACAACAAACGCGCUGGGACUGGAGCCGUCGAGCAGUACUACAGGACGAAGCUGCUGGCCAUGGUGCUGUUUCGUUUGCUUCACGAUGACCAGAUCGACAGCUUUUACCUGGGAAAUAACUUGGGCGAGGUGGGCGCAUUUGACGAUGUGGUGCUCCGAACCUGUAGCCAAGUCCAAACGCUACUUGACUUGGGUGCUAAUGCAAACUUGGGUAAAACCAGCAAUGGUUAUACGCCAUUACAUUGGGCGGCAGAAAAUGACUUGCCUGAGAUCAUCCAACUACUCAUAGAUAAAGGAGCAAACAUUGACUGUAUUACCACAAAUGCCGGUCUAACUCCAUUGAAUCUGGCAGCCUACUGCAAAUCUACAAAUGCAGUCAAAAUGCUGCUGGACUUGGGUGCCAAUGCAAACUUGGGUAUCACAAGCAAUGGUUUAACGCCAUUACAUUGUGCGGCAGUGAAGGACUCGCCUGAGAUCAUCCAGCUACUCAUAGAUAAAGGAGCAAACAUUGACUGUAUUACCACGGAUGACGGUAAAACUCCAUUGAAUCUGGCAGCCUACUGCAAAUCUACAAAUGCAGUCAAAAUGCUGCUGGACUUGGGUGCCAAUGCAAACUUGGGUAUCACAAGCAAUGGUUUAACGCCAUUACAUUGUGCGGCAGAGAAGGACUCGCCUGAGAUCAUCCAACUACUCAUAGAUAAAGGAGCAAACAUUGACUGUAUUACCACGGAUGACGGUCAAACUCCUUUGAGUCAGGCAGCGAUGAGCAAAUCCACAAAUGCAGUCAAAAUGCUGCUGGACUUGGGUGCCAAUGCAAACUUGGGUGAAACCAGCGAUGGUUUUACGCCAUUACACUGGGCAGUUCAAAAUAACAUGCCCGAGAUCAUCCAACUACUCAUAGAUAAAGGAGCAAACAUUGACUGUACCACGGAUGACGGUCGAACUCCUUUAUAUCAGGCAGCCUCCUUCAAAUCUACAAAUGCAGUCAAAAUGCUACUGGACUUGGGUGCCAAUGCAAACUUGGAUGAUGCAACCGUCGCGACAUCCCAGCAGGCGGCUUCAGUUGCGAGCGCCGCCUCAGUCUCGGUACGCUGGCCAAGCCGACUGGUCCUGGUUCGAUUGCUCGAUUGUUCGCGAGAGUCGUUCGUGUCGCGUGUGUCAAAGCAGCUGUCAAAGUGA